AUUAAUAUUUAUUAAAGUAUUAUUUUGUUUUUUAAAUAUAGACUUAGUAUGCUAAAACUACUCAGAAUAAAAGCUGCACAUCCAAGUCAUUUAAAAAAUCUUCGUUUCUAUAAGUCUCAGAAUGGUUACUUUGGGUUCCAACCAAAGCAGAAAAUUGAAAAGAAUCAACAUGCAAAACUACAGAAUGCUAUAGAUUUUUUUAGACGUAAUGGUUACAAGUACGCUAAUAUAACUCCAUUUUCAGAAAGAGACAAUUCGAUUUUAAAUGACUUGAUUGAUUCUGAGAUUUUUGAAAGGGGAGAUGAAGCAAAAUAUUUACUGCAACAUUUAAAGUCUUCGUACAGUGGUGAAAUAGCCUUUGAAAUUGAACAUAUUGAGUCACAUAUUGAAAAAGAUUGGCUUUAUGAAGUUGCUGAAAGUAAUUACAAAGAUAAAAUACCAGCUGAAAGACAAAGAAGAAUUUUUCAAGUUCUUAUGAAAUCACAGGUCUUUGAAAACUUUCUGGGGAAAAAAUUUCCUACUCUUAAAAGGUACAGUGGUGAAGGCUGCGAAAGUAUGUUGGCUUUUUUUGAUGAACUCAUUUUGGCAUGUUCUGAAAAAGAAGUUGAAGAUAUUUUAUUAUCAAUCCCUCACAGGGGAAGAUUAAGUUUACUUACAGGCUUGCUUGAAUUUCCUCAUUCACAGCUAUUUUACAAGAUAAAAGGAAAUCCUGAAUUUGAAUCGAGCUUUAAAUUUACUGGUGAUGUCAUUUCCCACUUAACAUCUUCAAUCAAUAUUAAGAAUCAUGGUACAGAUCUUCAUAUUACAAUGCUACCAAACCCUUCUCAUUUGGAAGCAAGUCAUCCUGUUGUCAUGGGGAAAACAAGAAGUAGACAACUAACAAAGAAGUAUGGAGACUAUGGAAGUAUGGAAAACCAAAACAAAGUGCUCAGCGUUUUAGUACACGGUGAUGCAGCAAUGGCUGGUCAAGGGAUUGUCAUGGAGUCAGUAUGUCUUUCACGUUUGCCAAACUUUGACAUUGGUGGAAGCAUCCAUUUAGUUGUUAACAAUCAUGUUGGAUUUACAACACCAUAUGAUAGAGGGAGCUCAAUGUCUCAUUGUUCUGAUGUUGUAAAAAUGAUUGGUGCUCCCGUUAUACAUGUUAAUGGUGACUUUCCUGAGGAUGUUGCAAAAUCUGCCAAAAUAGCUCUGAAUUAUAAAAAUAGAUUCAGGAAAGAUGUUAUUGUAAAUAUGCAUUGCUAUAGGAAAUGGGGUCAUAAUGAAAUUGAUGAUCCUACACUUACGAACCCUGGAAUGUAUAAAUUAAUUAAUUCACGUUCUUCUGUCCCAGAACUUUACGCAAAAAAUCUUCUUAGUCAAGGUGUAUUAAAUGAAACAGAUGUAAAGUUAUUAAUUGACAGUGAAGAAAUUUUUUUAAAUGAACAAUUGAGCAAAGCUGACCAGUUUGUUGCACAUUGGUCACCAUUCAAAGGAAAUUGGAAAAAUAUGACACAAGCUCAUCAUGAAUACACAACUGUAUGGAAUACAGGUGUCGAUAUAAAUCUAUUAAAGUUCAUUGCUUCUAAAUCUGUUGAGGCCCCUCCUACAUUUGCAAUUCAUCCAAAUUUAGAAAAAUCCUUUUGCAAAGCACGUGUUUCCAAAAUGGAAGAUGGCUCUGCAAUUGAUUGGGCCACAGCUGAAGCUUUAGCUGUGGGUUCACUUAUCAUGGAAGGAAAUCAUGUUCGCAUUUCUGGUCAAGAUGUUGGACGUGGAACAUUUAGCCAUCGACAUUUCAUGUUUGUUGACCAACAAACUGAUGAUGUACAUAUCCCAUUGAAUAAUUUGUCUAAAGAGCAAACUGGUUUUCUCGAGGUUGUAAACAGUCCUCUAUCAGAAGAAGCUGUUUUAGCUUAUGAGUAUGGAAUUAGUAUUGAAAAUCCAAAACAUUUAGUGUUAUGGGAAGCGCAGUUUGGAGAUUUUUUCAAUGGCGCUCAAAUCAUCAUUGAUACAUUUAUAUCAAGUGGUGAAUUAAAAUGGCUCUUACAAAGUGGCUUGGUUUUACUGCUUCCACAUGGUAUGGAUGGUGCAGGUCCUGAUCAUUCAAGUUGCAAGCUGGAAAGGUUCCUGCAGCUAUCAGACAGCUCAGAAGAUAUUGUAGAUAGUGACAAUACCAGCAUGCAAAUUGUGAAUCCAACUACACCUGCUCAGUAUUUUCAUUUAUUAAGGCGCCAGCAAGUGAGAAAUUUUCGAAAGCCUUUGAUAGUUGCAUCACCAAAAUUAAUCUUGAGAAUGUCGGCAGCAACCUCAUCCAUUGACGAAAUGCGAGAAGGUACAUACUUUAAACCAGUAAUUGGUGAUACUGUACCACCUGCUUCAGUGGUUAAAGUUGUUUUUUGCUCUGGAAAGCAUUUUUAUGAAUUAGCAAAAGAAAGGAGUCGACUAAAAAUACAAAAUGUAGCUUUGGUUAGAAUAGAGUCACUGGUUCCAUUUCCAGCAGAAGAAAUAAAAGAAAUUAUGAGAUCUUACUCAAAUGCUAAAGAAUUUGUAUGGAGUCAAGAAGAACAUAGAAAUCAAGGUGCAUGGUCAUUUGUCUAUCCACGUUUUGAGAAUCUUAUUAGAAUUAAGUUAAGGUAUUGUGGCCGGCCUGUACUAGGCGCUUCUUCAGUUGGCAUAAGUAAACGACAUGCCGAUGAAUGCAAGACACUUUUUGAUGGUGUUUUUUCUAGCUGAUUUUGACUUGCAGUAAUAGAAACGCGAUUGAUUUUUUAACAAACGACUAAAACGAUUAAGUUUCAUAGAUAAGAAAUAAUCAAGAACUUCAAACAUUUUGAUCGUUAAAUUUUUUUCUAUAGAAAUUUCGUAUAUAAUAACUUUGUAAUAAAUGAAUUUUUUUCAUAGUCUAAAAAUUUAAGGAAAAACAAAUU